UGAAGGCGUUGAUUCGGCCACGCCAUCUCCUCUCUCUCUCUCUCUCAGAUCCCAAAUGCGCUGCGCCGUGCCGCCUGGUUUCCCUCCAUUUCCAAUCCCUUGCCACUCCUUCAAGUUAUCUUCUGCUCUCCAUUGUUUCAAUUUCAGAUUCUGGUUUUAUGUAUGUCAAUGAAGAUCGUCGGCUUGAGCUCAGAUGUCUUCGUGUGAUGGAUGAAGAAGUAUGGCGCUUUCUUCUUAUUUUACCUUCGCUCCUUUUCCGCAGCUGUGCUAUUCGGAUCUUAAAUGGAAGCAGAAUAGUUUAAUAUCUCUGAAGGCUCCAAGAAGAAAAUCUCAGAGCUGUUGGAUUCUCAAAUCAGUCUUAAACAGCAGGAGCUCUUCGAGCAUUAGUGACAAUGGAGAAACCGAACCUGCUAGGAUUCUUCUAGAGAGGUUGUUUGCUCAGACCCAAAAACUCGAGCAGCAAAUAGGUAGUGAUCCUUCUUCACCUGAUGCUGUUCAGCUGGGUGUGAAUCUUGGUAAGCUCGAGACAGAUCUUUAUGCUGCUCUGGCUGCCUUGAAGAAAAAGGAGGAGGAUUUACGAGACGCGGAGAAGAAUCUCUCCUUAGAGUAUGAAGAAAUUAAUCGUUCCAGGGAGGACUUGGAGCAGCGAGAAAAAGAUAUACUAGCUGCUAAAGUAAAGCAAGAAAAACUAGAAGAGGAGCUAAGACUAGCAAAUAUAGAGUUAACUUCCCAAGCUACAGAAAUCAGUGAUCUUAAACAUCGUCUGCAGGAAAAGAAUGACGAGAUUUCUGCUUCUCAAUCCGCGCUCUCUGCCAAGGAAGAGGAAAUCUUGAAGAUGAAGCAUGAUUUAGUGAAGAAGAAUGAAGAGGCUACGAAUGCUGAAUCAGAGCUCAAAUCUAAGGCCAAGCUCCUGGAUGAAACAAAUAAAAUUGUGGCGAAGCAAAAGUUCGAGCUGCGGAAACUCCAAAGAGCUAUUCAAAAGAAAGAUGAAGAGCUAAAUUCUUCCAUCAUGGCUCAGAAAAUAGAAGCCCAGAAAUUGAAAGUUGCAGAGGUGAACUUGGAGAAGAAAACUAUGGAUUGGCUAUUGGCGCAAGAGGAGCUGAAGAAACUAGCCGGGGAAACAUCUAAGCUUACAAAAGAAGUUAACGAAACUCAGGACGAGUUUGUAAGAGCAAGGAAGCUGCUUUCGGAUGUCAGAUCUGAGCUGGUUUCCACUCAGAGUGCAUUAGCUUCAUCUAGAGAAUUGAUCAACAGUCGAGAAGAGCUUCUGCAAAAGCAAGUUAAAGAUCUUGAGGAACAACGGAGGAGUGUGAUGUCUUAUAUGACGAGUUUGAGAGAUGCUGAAGCGGAAGUGGAGAGCGAGCGAUCUAAACUGCGGCUUGCUGAAGCUCAAAACAAGGAGCUUGAAAGGGAUUUAUCUGUGGAGAAGGAGCUCGUCCAUGAGUUGCAGAAAGAAUUGGAAAAAGAGAGAGUAUCUUUGAAGCAAACAAUGCAAGAAAUGUCAGCUCUUCAGGAUGAGAUAGAAAAUAAGAGUGCUGCUUUCGAAGAAACGCAGAUUAUCCUAAAGGAUAAAGAGUCGGAAUUAGUGGACGCAAGGGUAGAGAUCCAGAAGUUAAAAUCCGAACAGGAUUCACUCCAACUAAUACUGGAGGAAAAAGAUAUGGAACUCACGAAUGCGAAGAAAAUGCUGGAAGAAGUAAAUCGGGAUAUAUUUCAACUGAAGGGGAUUCUUGUAAACCGGGAAGAUGAGCUCAUUCAAGCGACGUCCAUGUUAAAGGAGAAAGACGAACAUGUCCAAACCAUUCAGCAUGAAUUAACCCACGCAAAACAGAAGUUCUUCGAAGCUGAGUCUGUGGUAGAAAAGAUUGUUGACCUCACUAAUAAAGCUGUUCAAUCAUUUAAAGAUGAAGAAAACCACGACACCCUAAGCCCACUCCAUGAAAACACGAGGUCGCGACCUCCAUGGCUAGACAGGGAAGCUGGCGACGGUUUUAAAUGGCAGAAGAAACAGCUGGAAGCCGAGCUUGAAUUCACCCAAGAAAGCCUGAGAGCUAAAGAAACAGAAAUUCUCGCUGCGCAGAAGGCUCUUGUCAUAAAAGACGAGGAGCUGAAAACAGUCCUCCAAAAACUGGAAGAUGGAGAGAAGGAAAUAGCACAACUGAAAAAAGAUGCUACACGCGACAAAGAAGAUCUAAAACAACUUUAUGCUUUGGCGCAAGAAAGAAUGGGCGACAAAAGUGUCGCAGACAUUGCAAUCGAGAAACUUCAAUUGGAAGCAGCUCAACUGGAGGUCGAAGCUGCGACAAGUGCGCUGCAUAAAAUCACAGAAAUGAGUCGACAACUUCUGAGCAAAGCUGGAGCAAGCAUCGAAGUAGAUUACGAGGGCCAAGUUUCGGAGGAGAAUGGUUUGGAGGCGAGAAUGGAUGUGGUAGGCGACGAUGAGAUUUGUGUAGAUGUUAAGUCGGAGAUCUCCCGGCUACUGAGUUUGACUGAGAAGCUUGUCGAAGAGUCGGCGGCUGCGGCACAAGCCGGCAGAGGUGAGUUUUAGCUUUGAGUUUGUGUUGGUUGAGUCUCAGAUAUGCAUGCAUAGAUGCUUUGUGUUACCUCUCUUGUGUUAUAUAUAUGUAUAUUGAUCUAACUUCUAUUUUCUUUGAUUGAUUAGUUUGAUGUGUUUAUUUGUGUUU